CAAGAAUUUUUGCUUGCGCCUCGCGACACAAACCAAACUCCAACAGGCGCAUUUCGCACCUUCCGACAACGUCAAAUUCGACUAUUACUCCUUCUCUCUCUACCGCUAUUCGCGACUCUUGCCUGGUGCAAAGUUGCAAACAAACUCUCCACGAAAGGAAGGAAUUGCUUUGAAAUUGAACUUUCAUUUUCACUGCUUCUCGCCCCACUUCUGAAUCUCCUACUUCCACUUCUUUUGCCUCUACUCUAUUGUCUCUGCCCCGCGAUCUUCCAUCCGCGAAACCCUUCAUCUUCCACCACGACCCUGCAGACAGAAAACCAACAAAAUGGCCGCCGCUGUAGCUGACACCCCCAAGAUGGAUGAGCAGGUCGACCUCACCACCAUCCCCGUCGACCCCGCUGGCAAGGAGGAUUCUUCCGAUGUCAAGGACGACGACAAGCCUGUCACCGUUUUCCACGACAAGGACAACUUCAACGUGAAGCACCCUCUUCAGAACAAGUGGACUCUCUGGUUCACAAAGCCCCCGAGUGGCAAGGGCGACAACUGGAACGAUCUCCUAAAGGAAGUUAUUACCUUCGACUCCGUUGAGGAAUUUUGGGGCGUUUACAAUAAUGUCGCACCCGUUUCCGAGCUUUCCCUCAAGUCCGACUACCAUCUCUUCAAGGCUGGCGUCCGCCCCGAGUGGGAGGACCCCCAGAAUAAGCACGGUGGCAAGUGGUCUUACCAGUACAAGGAUAAGCGAAACAUCGAUGUCGACCGUCUUUGGCUCCAGGUCAUGAUGGCCGCUAUCGGCGAGACUCUCGAGGAUGAGGACGAUGGCGAGGUCAUGGGUGUAGUUGUCAACGUUCGAAAGGCCUUCUUCCGAAUUGGUGUCUGGACUCGUACCAUCGGAAAGAGCAUCCCCGGCCGAGGUGAGGGCGAUGUCGCUGGUGGCAAGGGCCGCAGCGGUGAGAAGGGCAAGGAGAUUCUCCUGUCUAUUGGCCGCAGGUUCAAGGAGGUUCUCGAGCUGCCUGCCUCAGAGCAGGUUGAGUUCUCUGGACACACCGACAGUGCCCACUCGGGCAGCACACGAGCCAAGGCUAAGCACGUUGUUUAAACGUGCGAGGAUUUACGCAGAGGCACGACGUUGAUUUAGCACGAUAUCCGAUAAUGACCAUUUCACGUUUCUGAACCUGACGCCGUUCAUCUGGCGAUUCACGAGAGGUCGACGAGUUGUUGAAGCAGAAGCGGGAUAGCAAGGAUUGAGCGGCGACUGGCUUGAACCGGGACAUGUGAACCGCUCAGUCAGCCUGGCC